AGAGGUAUCAACGCAUAGUACUAUAAAGUUUGAGGUUACUAUUGAGAUUGUUCAGUGAUACCCAGGUCUAUGAGUGAUAUCAUUUAAAUACGAAAAGAACGCAUUAUUAUUCUACAGUACAAUGUCAACACGGUUCUAUCCUGUAUAUCAAAGAGGCAAUCCACAACUAAGGGUUUUUCUACCUAACUUCUGGAUGAAACUAAUCGCGCCUAAAAGGAAGCAGCCACCAAACAUUGUCACGUUUUGUUGUUCCAUGCAAAUGACAGAACAUGACGUAAAGAAUUACUUGGAGAAGAUUUACAAUAUUGAUAUAGUCGAAGUGAGGACAAAAAUAGCUACUGGUAAAUUCGUGAGGGAACGACUACGCAAUUGCAUCAUUAAAGAGGACGACAAGAAAUUUGCCUACGUUGUGCUGCCAAAGACCCAGUCGUUCGAGUUUCCCAACAUGUUUCAGGAAGUAACAGAUGAACUUGAAAAAGAAAGUGUGAAUAUGGCUAAGAAGGAUAUAGAGGACUUCUUGGAACCCAACAAAGCACCUGGAUUGCCUGGUUGGUUUAGGAUCUAGUGUGUACAUAUUUAAGUAUUUGAACAUUUAUAAACAAUAAAACCAGUUGUUAAUAUUCCUGA